CGUGCCUGUUAACAUGGUUCUGCACCCUGCCAGAGCGCUCAGCAGCACAAAUCUAAUCUCGAUCACGUGCAGGCGUAUGACUGCAUUUCUGUUAAAUCAGACGGAGCACAUUAUGUGGUUUUCGCUGUCUUAUCAAUUAACACGAACUUCACGUCAGCUCAGGAGGCCGGCUGGUAUCUGAUCUCUCACAGAGCAUGAAGUUAACCCAUUACAUUACCCUGAUGUGAGAUGGCAGGAGGAGCACUCAGGAGGCGACUGUGUGCUCUGAGGGCGCGUCAUUCCGGGUGCCAUUAGGAGACCGAGACUGAGAUUAACUCAAAGUGACGUGACCGAAGGAGACAGAGAGAAACUCCGCCUGGAUGCUGAACAAGCUGCAUCCCACCACACAGCCGGCACCUGGACACAAGGACCCCAGCAAUGCCCGGCUCCAUCCCAGCCCUUCCUUGCAGGCUGCUACCACCUGCUGGUCGUGCAGCCUCCGUGCACGAUAUCUCCUCGAAUAUCAAGCUCUUAAUGCCCUCAUCCCUAAGGAAGAAUACACGAGCACAUCACACAGCGCUGCAGCCCAACCAUCCCUCGCGAGAACUGGGGAUGCUGCCAUGGUAGCGGUAGCCAGGGAGACCCGUACAGCGCGGCUCCGCUUACCGCUACAGCCGCCCCCGGGCCGGGCUCCGGCGUAGCGCUGUCGCGGUCCCUCUCCGGUCUCCUGCCAGCAGGGAGCGCUCGGCCCGAGGGUGCGGCCUCGGGGCUCAGCUCUGCUUACCCGGAUCAUGUCCGUGAGCCUGGACAGCGAGGAUGAAGACUUCCAUAACUCCUAUUUGGCAGAAGACAGUCAGCAAUGCACCAUUCAUGCAGAUUCUGUUUAUGCUGAUAUGUUUCCAAGGGCAAAAGAGUUACCACUAGACUUAGAAACAGUGGUGCCCCAUCUGCCGGAGCUGCAGAAUCCAUGUGUCUCACCACCUGCAGGUCAGUUUUCCCAGGUGUACUGGCCAAACCAACUUGAAGUCAUCAGUGACAGAAUUGAACACAUUGAUUGGAUACCCAGUAGCCCUGAGCCAUUGUACACUCCAACAGGUUUGGAGAUGAGACCAUCCUACCAACCUCCUGACAAGGGCACUGUGAUUUAUCUAGGAGAAGGUCUCUGCCCUCAUCAGGUCUUCCAUCAGGAGGUUGGCAAUACACUCGUCUUUGAAGCACGAUUUGAGAGCGGCAAUUUGCAGAAGGUGGUUAAAGUCAGAAAUGAAUUUGAAUACCAGCUGACACUGCGAACUGACCUCUACACAAGCAGGCAUGUGCAGUGGUUUUACUUCCAAGUAAGCAAUACUCAGGCAGGGAUGCCUUAUCGCUUCACCAUUGUCAACUUUACCAAGCGUAAAAGCCUGUAUAGGCAUGGUUUGCGGCCGCUGUUGUACUCAGAAGCUGAUGCUAAGAAAUACAACAUUGGCUGGCGAAGGACAGGAAGUGAAAUCAAGUAUUACAGAAACAACAUGAAUGAAGGUGGACGUCCGCAUUUCUCACUCACGUGGACAUUUCAGUUUCCUCAUGACAGAGACACUUGCUAUUUUGCCCACUGCUAUCCUUACACCUACUCCAACCUGCAGGAGUACCUGACGGACAUCUCUAAAGAUCCAAGGAAGUCCAAGUUCUGCAAGAUUCACAUCUUGUGCCAUUCCCUGGCAGGAAACAUAGUGAAUGUCUUAACUAUCACCAACCCCCCCAGAGGUGACGAGGACACAAAGAGAAAGGCUGUGAUUCUAACUGCAAGAGUGCAUCCUGGAGAAACCAACAGUUCCUGGAUAAUGAAGGGCAUUCUGGAUUACAUACUUGGUAAUUCAGGCAAAGCUCAUCAGCUCCGGGACACUUUUGUCUUCAAAGUGGUACCCAUGUUGAAUCCGGAUGGUGUGAUUGUGGGAAAUCACCGCUGCUCUUUAACGGGUCACGACUUGAACCGCAAAUACAAAUCUAAAGUGAGGAAAUACUAUCCUUCAGUCUGGUAUACCCGAAACAUGAUCAGAAGAAUGAUGGAGAAGCACGACAUUUUUCUGUACUGUGACAUCCACGGACACAACAGAAAACAAAAUGUCUUCAUGUAUGGUUGUGAGACAGAGCAGGAGCCAAAAGCACCACAUUUGCAUCCACGUGCCUUUCCACUCUUGCUGAGCAAAAAUUGCCCAGAUAAGUUCUCAUUCUCAGACUGCUGUUUCAGAGUACAAAAGAGCAAAGAAAGCACAGGUCGAGUUGUAAUGUGGAAGAUGGGCAUCAACAACAGCUACACUUUGGAAGCCUCUGUUUGUGGCUCUCAGCUGGGCUGGAGACAAAGCACCCAUUUUGAUAUCAAAGACUUGGAGUCAAUAGGACAGCAAUUCUGUGAUGCUCUCUUGAACUACUCUGUUGAUAAUGAGGAACAUGAGAAAGUAGUGACAAAGCAAGCUAAAAUGAGCUCCGAAGUCCUGAGUUCUGAUGCAUUUGACUGGGAUUCCAGCAGCCAAUCUUCUGACAGCUCAGACUCCUAUGAUAUUGCUGUGCACCGACUAAAACAACGUGCUAAGAAAAAAACCAAACAGUCAGGAGAUCGCUUUAACAGCACUGCUAAGGACAGAAAGCAUGAAAGCAAAAACGCCCCAGGCACUGAAAUUCAACAUGAGAUAUUUCAGGAACUUCACCCAGGAGACCAAGUAAAACUGCCAAUGACAGGCUCUGCCAAACAAGCAGGAAAGUAUUUCAGCAAUUGUGAAAAGCCAUCUGUGCCACAGGAGUCAAGAAAAAGUGUAUUUUGUGACAUAACCCUAUCCAGAAGAGAAAAUUUCCGCUCAUCCAGCUUUAGUUUGAUCUCCCAGAAGACAAAGAAACACAAUGGCAAAAGUGUCUCCAACUCUUCACAGAAUAAAUCUCCGUAUUUAAAAGGGCAUAAUAGUGGUGCAAAGAGCAAUGCAAAAAAGGAAGAAUGGAAAACAAGGAGGCUCUCCUCAAAACCCAGAAGACUCAGGAAAAACAGGAUAGGAAGACAAGCUGUGAAGAUUAGGAAGAGUAAAUCCUGCCAGCCACAAGCACAUCACACACAAAGCUUCUCCCUGCCCUUAUUGCCUGAAGCAGCAAACAGACAACCUGCCCCAAAAUAUCAGGAUGUGUUUUGGAGCCCCAGUUCUUCAGCUAAGAAAGGCACGUGAAAGAGUCAACUACAUCAUUUACUGAAACAAUUCCCAGAAGUUUGACUGUGGAUUGUGGCUAGCAAAGAAUUCAUCUUGCCCUUUUCUUCAGACAAAUUGUUCACACACAGUUGACUGAUGUGCUUAUGAACUUUCUCUCACCAUGGGAAGAAUUAUCCCAAAUUCUAAACCAGUUUAUUCGGGAGUGUCCCCUCAGUAUAAAGCAUCAUUUGUGUUGAACUAUAUAUACUGAUUUUGUGGGGCAGGCUUCCAGAAGGAGCUGUGUGAAAAGCUGAGUGUCACCCAUCCACCUCAAAUCUAUUUGGAAGUUUCCCUAAAAUUCUAAAGGAGAGAGAUUUUUCACUGAGCAGCUGAAGCCACCAUUCACUGAUCAUAAGCCACGAGAAUAAUUUCCCUUUUCAACAACAAAUAAAUUUCAUAUGUGAAAACAUUUGACAUAAAAUCUGCAUACAGAUUUUUGAAUUCCUUGCUAAAAGAUGUUGUGGAUGUGUGGAUACAAAAAAUAAGCAUGGAUUCAGGUGGACGUGUGCCUUAAAAAUACACCACUGGGAAUAUAGAUAGGCUGCAUAUGGUCUGGGAAAUGUCCUCAGCAUGAGCGAAAACAGAGGAGAGUGCUUAGGGAAUGUAUUGCGUAUGUUUGUUCUGUUUCUAAUCCCUUCUCAGAAUCCACACAGAGUCGUAGUCACCACGAAGACAGGCUGCUGUGGUAAGUGGCCCCUUGGUCUAAACCAAUAUGGCCCUUCAUGUGUCCUUAUGGACCUGGGUAGCACUUUACUCAUUAUAGUCAUAUACCUGCAUAGCUUGCUUUGUCUUGAGGUGUACUAAGUAUUAUCUCCUUUAUAUUGUAUAGUACUUAGGAUUGUCCCUUAAGCAAUUAGCAGGCUUCCUCACUCUACUUUGUCUCUGUCUUCAUUGCAUGCUCCAUUUAAAUCUGUAAAUUAUAACCUACUGUUGCAAAAUCAGGGCCGUUUUUAGCAUUUGCAAGGAGCUGGGCUAUAAUUGCCAGUACUAAAUAAAGCCUAAAUUAUUUUUCUCUUCAAGAAGAAAGAACUGACCAGAUCUGAUACCCAGACAGAAUAGGAUUCAGCCUCACAGAGUCCUAAAUUCAGCAGACAUGCAGACAACACAAAGCCAUUUAACUUUGCACUACCUUGGACUCAAGUUCAAGACAAGCUCUUAGCUUCUCAGUUGCUUCAUCAUGAUAGCUAUAGGAAGGGGAGCAUACUGUUGGUUCAGUUGCACUAAGAUUUAUUUCUUUUUACUUACCAGCAGAUUACAGACAAGAUAUACAUGAUUAUAACAAUAAACAUGAUUUCCGAACAGUAUGGAAAAAUGAGAAGUAAACUCUGACCUUCCUUCUCACCAGCCUAUGAACUCUCACAGUAAUCCUGCAGGUUGAUUACAAUGGAGCAGUACUUGAUAUAGCUGAGAAGUUCUUCAAAUAGCUAAAGAGAACACAGCUCUUCUGUGGAGAUUCCCUUAGGAAUCGUUACCAGAGUCAUUGCCAACUUCUGAGAAUCUAGUGUAGUAGUUUGUUUUGAAAACAGCAGGCUAAAACAAGCAAAACACAUUUGAAAGUCCCAGGUCACCUGUGCUUUACUUUUGAUUGUUAUUGUUAAUGAGUCUUUUCCUCCACACAGUUUUCCAGCCACUCUGCUCCAAGCCUGUAGCAUUGACUGGGUUAGUUGUGGCCUAAGUGCAGGACCGCCACUUGGUCUUGUUGAACUUCAUCCCACUGGCCUCAGCGUGUCCAGAGCCCUCUGAAGGGCCUUCAUAUCUUCACGCAGAUCAACACGUCCUCCCAAAUUGAUGUCAUCUACAAACUUACUGAGGGUGCACUCAAUUCCCUUGUCCAGGUCAUCACUAAUAAUACUGAACAGGACAGGCCCCCAGAACUGACCCCCGGGGAACACCAUUCAUGACCAUUCACCAACUGCAUUUAACUCCAUUCACCACUACUCCCUGGGCCCAGCUGUCCGGUCAGAAUGUACCAGCCCAGGCCACAAGCUGCAGCUUCUCCAGGAGAAUACUCUUGGACACAGUGUUAGCAGCUUUGAAGAAGUCUAAGUAGACUACACCAAUGGCCAUUCCCUCAUCCACCAGGCAGGUCACUCAGUCAUAAAAGGAGAUCAGGUUAGUCAAGCAUGACCUGCCUUUCAUGAACCCAAGGAUGAUCAUCCUGGCUUAAAGUACAGAUUUGCUUUAUCUUAAGGACACGCAUACAAAGAUUUGUAUAAAUGUUAGUUCUUAUAACAAUCAGAAUUUGUGUGUAUGGAGCCACAGAAGCCAGGGGACACCUGUAAGAUGCCCACAGGACAACGAUGGCAGGGCAUAUUGCAACCUGCACAGCUUUGAGGCAUUAUCUUCCACUGCCUGAAGGCCUGGAAGGAGAAGGAAGGGAAACUACCUGCCAGAAAGGCAGCUGAAGAUGUGGAAGGUGACCUCUAGAAUAAGGUGAAGAAAAGCCUGAACACUCUCAGAUAUAUGGUCUGGUUUUUGAGUGGUCCUUGUGUGGAGCCAGGCAUUGGACACAGAGAUCAUUAUUGGCCCCAGAUUGGGAUAUUCUAUGAUUUUAUAAUUCUAGGUCAGCUAGGACUAAGGGCAAGUCUUGAGACAGAGGCUGACUGGACCUCUCUCUGCUGGCUGCCUUGAGAUCCCAAGAGGCAUUCCCUCUGAUUUCCCCCACCAGAAUCCUUGCCCAAUCCACUUGUGAUCUGAACCUCCUUGAUCCAGCUCCUUAACACCAACAUGAUUCUACACAUACUGCAAACUGCAGCUGGCAGAGACAGUGUUAGUCAGGGGGGCAGGCUGCAAAGCAGGAGCUGACAGAAGCACAAAUAGGAAAAAGAAAAAAUAAAAGAAGCCACUUUAGCAGCACAAUUCCCAUAACUCAGUCAGUUAUACACAACAGUUGGCAGGGCCAGGAAAA